AUGAUCACCAGUUUCCUAUCAACGGAUCCACCAGGGUACACCUCGCGAGACUGUUUCACCCAGAUUCGUAAGAAAGUAGCCGAAGCCUCGAUAUCGCCCCCAACGAAAUCGAGUUCCGAGUCGUCAUCGCCGUUCUUGUUGACCCCCGAGGUGACCGGGUUGAGAAACGAACAGGCAAGCCUCAUCAAGCUUUGGAAAAACUCGCCCUUGUCGAAAACGCCGCUUUCUGAGUCCACCAUCGAUUCGCAUUCGCCCAUUGCCCACAAGGUGUUCACGCCCAGGAAAGACGAAAACUACGUUCCCUUGUACCAUUUACAGAUGACGUUGAAGGAGAUUGCCGAGACGGAGCGGAGCUUUGUGGAGAAGAUGCGCGAGUUGAGAAACAUGUAUUUGGAAAACUUGGAGAAUAUGAAUAUCGAGCUUCCGACACCGGUAAGGAUCACCAAGCUUUGCUUGGAGAAGAUUCUUGAGAUACACGGCAACCUCUUGGUGGAGAUGGAUAGGAUUAGAAAUUGCAAAAAUUACGACUAUGGAGAGCAAGCUAUUCGGAUUGCCGAUACAUUGUCAACGUCGGGGGUCAGUUGUUUUUGGUAUUCCUGGUAUUGUUCGCAGCACAAGGCCGUGUGCAAGAUGUACGACCAAGGGUUGUUUCCCUUGAAUUUAAAAGUCAAUGAGCGAGUCAGAACCUCAACCGAAGACGAGCUUGAAACGAGAGCUCGCGCCAAGUCCAUGUCGGGCUCAAUGUCCACCAUUAAGCAUUUGUUCCGCGGAGUGCAGAACUUGAUCGAGUCGCAAGAACUCCCCGCGAGGAGAAGGGACUUGUCCAUCAAAUCGUUGAGCCAGAAACCCAUUGACCGCAUUGUCAAGUACCCCUUGUUUGUUGAGAGUCUCCGCGGGAGUUGCCAGCUCCUCAACUACGACACUGGCAGCUUGACCAACCACAUUAGCGAGAUCAAACAGCAGUUGUACCGGGUCAAUGAAUCGACAAGGACAAUUGAGCAGUCGAGCCUAAUCCGACAAAAGAGACUCCACGAGCUAAUCGAUUUGCAACGGCCCAAGAACGGCAGCGGUCUUUCCGACUUUGACGUUAUAAACGUCGACAUAUGCUUCUUUGGCGACCCCAUUGUCAUUGGCUUUGCCUCGGUGGUGAGCAUCCACGGCGACGAGCCCAAGUUGCAGCACUGUCCCAUUAUAUUGUUUAAAAGCCACCUCUUGAUAGUGAAGUACGUUUCCAUUUUCGAAAGAAGACCCACCGAGAGGGCGCACGAUCGCAAAAGAAAAUACCGGGUGGUUUUCAUCAUCCCCUUGGCCAUCACGAGUCUCUACGACGCGGGACAGGACGACCAUCGCUUGCACUUGGACUACAAAAACUGGCUCAAGUUGGUCUUCCGAAUCGACACCUUGCAAUACGAAGUAGUGCUUUGCUUUCUCGGCCGCAAAGAAUACCACUUCUGGAAGGACAACUUUGAGCUCGUCAUUAAUGAAGUCAAUGGUGGAACUUGCAAAUUCAAAACGCGAGAUUGUGACUCGGUGGCCUAUUUGAGCCAUGUCCCGUUUGACAUGUCCCCGUACCGAACCCACAGCGAGGCGGCGGCAAAGAAGAAAAGCUGCCUUGUACCGGUAAAGUUUAAGGUCGAUUUGAUCUUGCUCAGUCAAGUCGGGAAUAGACUAGAGUAUGCCUCCUUUUCGGACCUCAAAGCGGAAAGGGCAGUUACUCUCGGAUGGCUCGACGUAGCUGUCAACGAAAGGCACUUCAGAGGGGUAAUAUCGAGGGAGAUCCCAUUGUACACCAGGAGGCGGAGUUGA